UUAACAACCGUUAUUGCCAAUUCGGGAAUCUGUGAUAUAACCUGCAAAACAUAAACAAAUCAGCCGGACACUCGCUGAAACCAAAACCUCUUAAACGUGCAUUCGCGUCUCGGGACUUCUUUAACUAACAAAAAAAAGUUAAUCCAAGAUGCGUUUGAUCCAGAACAUGUCCACUAUCGCGGAGUAUCCAAAAGAGAACAACUCCAACAGGGUCGUUAAAAUCGCGGUGGUCGGCGGCAGCGGAGUUGGGAAGACUGCGCUGGUUGUCAGAUUUCUUACGAGGCGCUUCAUCGGAGAUUACGAGAGGAAUGCAGCUACCCUGUACGCCAGAGAAGUCCAGGUGGAUGGAGAGCAGGUAGCCAUCCAGGUACAAGACACGCCAGGCCUUCAUGUGGGUGGCGGCCUGGGCUCGCAAGAUCAGGUGACCCGCUCCAUCCAAUGGGCUGACGCGGUGGUGCUGGUGUAUUCGGUGACGGACAGGCGGAGCUUCGAUCUGAUUGGCCGGCUGCACCAGCAGGUGCGAGAGGCCCACCCCAACGCCCGCGUGCCCGUGGUCCUGCUGGCCAAUAAGGCGGAGCUGGCACACCUGCGGCAGGUGGACUGGCAGCAGGGCCCGCGGCUGGCACAGGGGCUGGGCGUGGCGUUCCAGGAGGUGUCAGCCAGUGAGAGCUGCAGCGAGAUCCACGCGGCCUUCCGGCUGCUCUGCCAGGCCCCGCCCCCUCCCGCGGCCACGCCCACCAACGCGCCAGAGAAGAGGCGGACCUCCCUCAUGCCCCGCCCCAAAUCACCCAACAUGCAGGACCUGAAGCGCCGCUUCCGCCAGGCUCUGUCUGCUCGGCCACGCACUGCCACCGCUGUGUGAGUGUGUGUGUGUGUGUGAGUGUGUGUGUGUGUGUGUGUGUGAGUGUGAGU